AAAGAGAAUCAACGCUUGAUCUGUCGGUGUAGCGCGAGCCGCCAUUUCAAAGCCGUUUAAACCUUAAUGAUCUUGUAGACGGAUGAUUGUUUGACAGAAUAAAGCGAAUAACUCUAAAUUAUUUUAGGGGCUCGUUGUUUAGAAGAGCUCUCGAUUUCUGAAGGGUUUUAAAAAUGGCUGCUGAAUCCGAGCAAGUGAAGGAGACGACAGAAGUGAUGGAGACUACAGAUACAUCUGCACAGGAGGAUCCUGUACCUGAAAGCAAAACCAGGGCAUGUGGAUUAAAGGUUCGUGGCAGAGGUGGGCGAAUGGGAGGACGUGGCGGUCGAGGAAUGAUGAUGAAAGGGUUAAGACCGCCGGGUCAUGUCAGAGGCAGAGGGCGUGAUUUCUUUACAAAUGGAUUUGGAUCCAUGAGGCGGGGCAUGGGUAGAACGUGGCCGUAUCCGGACAUGCGGGGUCGAAGAGGCGGACCUAUGAGAAUGAAUUUGGGGCCACCGCCUCCUCCUCCUCCUUUGCCGCCCCCUUCCAUGCACAUGAGAGGACCCCCACCUCCAAUGCACAGGCAUUGCCCGCCGCCGCCUCCACCACCACCAGGACACCCAGGCUUUAGAGGGCGGCCCCCACACCCGAGAGGGCGUAGCAUGAUGCCACCCGGCCCUCCUCGAUUUUUUCAUCCCAGAGGCUACCACAACGGAUCGGCCCCUCCUCUGCCCCGCCCGCCUCCAGGCAGGGGCCAGCGCUGGCCGGGGCCCCCUGGUGGCCGGAGGUUUUAACAGCUCAGACGUAGUUAAAAUCUCGAGCCCUGUAGCGUUAACGGCCUUCGAAUAUUUUCUUUCCAGGCAGAACUCGCAGGUUCUCUUACUGUAAAAACACACUACCCUUUUCGGUUCCUUGAAUGUGAUCCAUUUAAAAGCACUCUCACUCUUAUGAAGAGAAAGAAACAUGUUAAAUUUUAAGUGUAUUUCAUGAGAAUUUUACUUUUAAGUGUCGUCCAGUCUGCGUGGUGCUAUUCCUAAUUUCCUUUUUUUAUAUAAAGAAAGUUAAGUGCAUUUUAGUAAAUGAGAAGUUGAGAGACUAAUCAAAUGACUGUACGUCCACCGUCAUUCCUCAGUAUAUACACAGUAUGUCCAUUGAUAUAUCUGUACUCCUUGGACCUCUCAGACAUGUUAAGAUCAUGUCAGUACAUUGACAUAUAUAACAAACAGAUCAUUGAAUUACCUGAUAUGUGUUUUCAUGUGUAGUGCUCAUGUAUUAUUCAUGAUUUAAUAUCAUCAAUGUGCAGCUACUAUACAGUAAGUCUACAGUACGUUAAAGUAAAAGUAUUUCUCUUGGAAAAGUAUUCCUGUUUGUGUUCAUCAGUCCACGCUGUUAAAUGACAUUCUGUUACAACCACACUUAUUUAAUGACAGUAGCAUUACAGUUUAUACCUCUUGAAAUAAGAUUUUUCUUUUGCUUUUCUAUUUUAAAGCCAGUUACAAAAAUAUUUGAUUUAAAAUAGUAAAAAUAAUCAAUAUAAAAAUAUUUUGUGUUUUGAAGUGUUCUGGCACAUUCACGUGUUGUAACUGAUAAAGUCAUGUGAAUUUGUGGAUGUAAAUUGAGAAAAUAACAGCUUUUGACUUAGUUUUGAACAAACAAAAUAAAGUUAAGAUAAAAUGAUCUCAUCUUUUAUUGUUUAUUUAAACUUAAAACAAUGAAUGUCCAUUUUCUACCUGUAUUAAUGUAAUGAACUUCACAUACCUGAAGAAAAAUGGACAGUAAAGUGUAAUAAAAGUAUGUAUUUUUACUCUUUACAUGAGCACAGAAAUAAAGUUAAUGAUAAUUGACAAGAGACAAGUCAUGGCAAUGUUGCAACUAUCCUAUAGUGUACAUAUUGAUAUUGUAAAGUGUUAACACAUUUAAUAAAAGUGAAAAGUAAAGUGAAAGUUAUAACAGACAAAAAAACCAAGUCCAAGGAUGUACUGAAUAUAGUCAGACCUGUCUUCUGUUCAUUUAAAAAGUGCAUGAAAUUCAUUUAUGUAGACAAAGUGUGUAAUUCCUUUCACAUUAAUAUGUGAAUAAAUCAUUCAUGUUAUAUUAGUGGACUUCUAAUAAACCCACCAGUGUGAAUUAAAUCCAUUAACAAAUAAUGUUUAUUAAGUAAUUAGAAUGAAACAUUUGAUUAAGACACAAUGAUCUAGUAAAGUUUGAUUUAUUAUAGUAAUAUGUUUAGUCAGAUCUUUUUCUGGUGUUAUCUUAAUAUUAUAACUUACAC